AUGGGAGAUCUUAACAAGAUCGAGUUUUUCACCGAGCUUCUCGAUUGGGCUCUCAUAUUUCAGCUCACCGGGGGAUUCAAACGGGAUUUUCAAUUGGAAUUUCGCGGCUUUACAACGAAAAUUUGGCGUUUAGAAAAGAUAAUGAAUCGAUGGAAAAUGAAUCGAAAAAUGAAUCGAUUCAGCCUCAAAAAGCGCAAAUCGCCGAAGAAGAGGAUCUUUCUCAUUACGACUACCCGCUAUCGAGAUCCAUUGUGCCUGGGAGCAUGCCUUCUUUACCCAGAUCGUCAUCACCAACUCAAUUUUGUGAGCAAGUAUCAUUUGUUAACCUUCACACCGGAGUCGAGCAACGACACAAGGAUGACCAGCGAAGACGAAUCCUGGUACGCGGAGGUCGGCAUCAAACCGGGAGCAAUUCUCGAGGGCGGAAAGUCGACCUACAUCAUCGACAGAUUACUCGGCGAGGGAGGCUUUGGAGCGGUGUUCAAGAUUUACGACAAGAACGAUUCGAAGUUGUGCUACGCGAUGAAAAUCGAGAAGAAGAUUGAGAACAAGAUUCAUUCGAAGCUGAAAAUGGAGAUAAGCAUCCUCAAGAUGGUGGCCAAUGUGCGAAAAGGACCAAGCGAGCGCAAUCACUUCACGGCGAUUAUCGACCGCGGAAAGAAGGAAUACUACUACUUUCUCAUCAUGCAACUCGUCGGCAAAUCGCUGCAGGAUCUCAAGAAAGAACGCCCUAUGAAUGUUUUCUCCUUGAGUACGGGACUUGGUGUCGGAAUGCAGUGCCUUGAAGCGGUCGAGGACCUUCAUAAACAUGCUUUCAUUCAUCGUGACUUAAAGCCGGCAAACUACGCAUGUGGUUUGGACAAGCAAAUGCACACGGUCUACAUCCUCGACUUCGGAAUUGCUCGCAAGUACACAAAUGACAAGGGUGAAUUGAAGACACCACGUGCUAAGGUUCGCUUCAAGGGAACGGUGCGUUUUGCCUCGCUGGCUUGUCAUCGAUGCAUUGAGAUGUCGGUGAAAGACGAUGUGGAGUCGUGGUUCUACCUGCUGUUGGAUCUCAUCGUCAAGGAAGGUCUCCCUUGGAAGAACAUUCAAGAUAGGAACGAUGUACAAAAGCUCAAAGAGGAAUUCCGGGAGAAGAGAGAUCUCUACGGAACGCUCAAGUGCAAGAAUGACUAUCAGGAUAUUCUCACCUACAUCGAUCGUCUCGAGUACACCGAUCAUGUCGAUUAUCAAUUCAUCUACAAGAAGAUCAAACUGAUCGCUGCCCAGCAGAGCAUCAACAUCGACGCGUCGACGAGUCUCGCCGACACCGAUUUUGCAGAGAUUUUGAAAGAAACUCACCACAAAGCCUCCGUGUUUCAAGCGCUUGUCCAAAUUGCUUUAGACGAAGGUUGUACAGUAAAGGAAAUGAUUCACGAUUUUGAGAGACAUUUUGAAGAGAUUGGAGAGUGGUUGAAAGCAAAGAAAGUAGCUGAGGAUGAGAUGAAGAAAUUUUUGUCAAUGUUCAAAGAUUCAUGCGACCAGAUUCUUUGGCUCAAUACUGGAUAUCAUUUGGAUUAUCGUGAGAAAGAAAAACUGAAUGUGGAGACACUACGAAAGAGACUAUUGACGGUUAAAAAGCCAUCAACCAGUUGGUUUCAAGCUGAUCAGAUGGAAAUCAACUAUGAAAAAGCUGAGGAAUUGUUCAGGAUGAAUUUGAAAGAGCAAAUGGACGGCUAUCCAGAAGUAAAGGAAGAAUUUCUCACCUCGCUUAUUGAUUUCGAGAAAUCUCUUCGGAAAAUGUUUGAGCAGAGUCUGAGAAAGUAUGAUGUGAAAAAUGGUUUGCAAAAGUUGAUCAAUGAUCGCUCGGUCGAGUUGUGGAUGGAUUUCAUUGUCGAGAAAACGACGAAAACCGCUCAAAUCACCGAUCCGCUCACUCAUUUCACUCUGAUUCAAGAAGCUCUUCAACUUGAUUGUGAUGAAGAGAAAACAAAGGAAUUUCUGAAAUCAUUGCAUGAGAAAUUCCUUGACGGAUCUAGUUAUUUAAAUAUUGAUAGAUUGGAUAAAAAU